UAGUUAUACGUCAAAAUGGCACGUCAGCAGCAAGAUGUUGAUGAAUUAUUCGAUGUUAAAAAUGCUUUUUAUAUUGGAAAUUACCAACAAGCUAUAAACGAAGCGCAAAAUUUGACCCCUUCAUCACCUCUAGCAGCUCUCCAACGAGAUGCAUUCCUUUACCGGUCAUACAUCGCUCAGGGCAACUUCCGCAUCGUGAUGCAGGAGCUGAAGACAGCAGACCCCAUGCUGCAACCGCUGAAGACACUUGUGGACUAUCUCUCUCCGGGCGCUAACAAACCAGUUAUUGUUGCUGAUAUUGAUGCCAGGGUGGCGAAGGGCACAGAACUUAUAAAUGAUAUAUUCCUACUGGUCGCUGCUACCAUUUAUUACCAUGAGGAUAAUUAUGAAGCAGCUCUCAAAAUAUUACAUGGAUCUGAAUCAUUGGAACUGCGUGCAUUCACGCUGCAGUGUUUGUUGGCAAUGAACCGACCGGACCUGGCCAAGAAGCAACUCAAACUGCUGCAGGAUAUAGAAGAUGAUGGUACACUGACUCAGCUGGCACAGGCUUGGCUCAACUUAACUCAGGGUGGUCCGGGAGUACAAGAUGCGCACUACAGUAUCAUGGAGCUGUCAGAGAAGCUGGGCGCGCUGGGCGCCGGACCAGCUGCUGUAGGCGCCGCUGCAGCAGCUUCUAGAGGUAUGUGGGAGGAGGCGGAGCAGAUGCUGCGUGAGGCGCAGGCGCGAGCACCUCACCAGCCCGAGCUGCUGCUGGGUCUCGCUCUCACAGCAGCACACAGUGGCAAACCUGCAGAGGUAUCAUCUCGGUAUCUGGCUCAGCUGUUGGACUCCCACCCCGACCACCCCUUCAGCAAGGAGUACACCGCUAAGACCAAUGAGUUCAAACGUCUCACCGCACAGUACCAGCCCUCCGUCACCUCAUAGAUACAGUUCUACAAUCACUUGAA